AUGUUUUAUCUUCGAUUCUUUUCUAGGUUUUGGCACCCUGAAAAUUUUUCUGUCAACCAUGGCUGCUGCUCUGGCAAUCGUUUUCAAAUCGAAAGAAUUGCUCAGCCCAGAAUUAUGGAAACAUUUGAAAGAGACCGGAAUUGCUUCGUUGCAAGUUUUACCGAUGUAUAUGUUGUAUCGAUUUGAAUCUUAAGAAUGAGUCAUAUGAUUGCAUCACAUUGUUAUCGAAUGAUCGUUGUGGGCGUACUGUAUAAAAGGCGGGAAAAUGCGAGUGACCAAAUCACGAUUCGUUCAAGUUUUGAAUCUGAUUGGUUUAGAAGGUGGCGCGAACUUUCUGGACCAAUCACACAGCGAGGUUAAGCAAAAUCGAAGCAAUCAUCGAUUACUUUCGACACUCAAUUGAAAAAUACUCUACUACAUGCAGAAUGCAACUCUAAAGAUUGUUUAAGCAUCGAAACAAGCGGCAGGGGACGCGAUCUAUUACUCAUGGAAUGUUGUUUUUAAAGACCCACUUUGGCCUUGGCUAUUUUUCUGGUGUUGUUCCAGUUGUUUCUAACACAUUUCGUCUUCUGUGACUCGACUUAUAUUGUUGUAUAUUUGCUGAAUCUUUGUUGCGUGGUAUGCACGCCCUGAACAACUGAUCUACUCGUAACAAACACGUGUAGGCAUUUAUAACUAGUACUAGGCCUGGCAGAGUGCAGUCUAAUUCGGUCCGUAAUUCAUUAAGUGAUUGACAAAAUUAUUACAGCACGUGUAUAACGCGUAUAGUCACAGGCAUGUUGCGUUAGAUGGCCAGUUACAAGCAUAACGUAAACCAUACACUGUCCCAUUAGUGCACUAAUCAAAACUAUAGCGAAAUUCUCGAACGUGAUUGGUGAUCACCAGCUUGACUUGAGCACUAAUAGGACAGUGUCAUGUUUGUAAUUGGACAGUGUAAUAGGACAGUUAAAGGGACACUUAGCACGUCAUGCCUGUGUAAGUGAACAGAACGCGUCAUGUACUGUUGUCUCGCAUUUCGCCGAGUAACUGUUGCUUUUUUUUUCUUUUUCUCUUUUUAAUGAAAACUUAGAACAACAACCGAUGUCUUGUUUCUUUUUCAAAUUUUGGUACGACUACAGGCCGUAUUGGACUCCGCUCGGUCCUAGUUGGCUGUUUAUGACCAAUGGCGUAGCAAAAUUUAUUAUCGUGUUAAUUGUAUAUGUCAUAUUUAGUGGUCAACUCACGCCUCGCCGAGAGAACAUUCAAUACAAAGCUGCGGUAGAUUAAUUGAACGUCGCCGACAGAGACGUCUCUGAUAAGAAGGUUUUUGGCAUAUAUCUACAUUUUUAUUGUUGUUAUUCAUUUUGUUGUGGUGGUAAUGGGUGUUGUUGUUUUCGUUCCUGUGAUGGUUGUUGUUGUUUCUGUAGUUGUGGUUGUUGUUUUGUUGUGUGUUGUACUGGUAGCAUCCAGGUUAAUUAGUAAUUCUCUUAAAUUCAUAUCUUGCUUAUGGGUCACUUAGCUUAAAAUAUUCAGCCCGUAUCGUGUACACUUUAUUUUUGGUCUCUUUCCAUCUCUUUCAGGCGGCUGUUCUCCAUCAUGUCGUACUUUUUCUUCUUCUACAACAUAAUUCUUGGAAUUUUCUCUGCUUUUAUGCGAAUUCUAAAGGCCAUGCUUUUAAGAGUAAUUUUCAUCUCACAUAUCGAUCAAACAUCACUGAUGCAGGGUUUUCAGGCUUGGAACAAAGGUACGUAGCACGCACUCAGUACAAGCAAUUUAUAAAUGGCAGAGGCUAUGUGAAGGAAGAUAUACAACAUACAGACCUAUUAUGCUGCCAUGUUGUUCACUAUUUCCUAAAACAGCCUUUAACCAAUGAAAUUAAUGUUUAUAAGACUUCAGCGACGAAAGGAAAGGAAAGCAGAAAUUCCUCGGUGACAAGAUCCAACAAAUUGCCUAGAACACAGCAAAAGGUAGUGGCUCAGUAGCGAUUUGUAAUAGCUUCACGUCUGAUUGUUCGAGAGGGUUGCACGAGAUUUAUAGAGUUGUCGUUGUGCUAACCAAAGCAUAACCUAUGGGAUCCUGGACAACCUUCGACCCUCACUUCAAAGUUUCUUAAUUUUCUUUCUAGCUUUUGUCGCAUACCUUGGUUUUGUAACCGUGCUGGUUGCCCACAGACAUCCCGUGAUGCUGGUGUUGUGUCAGUUGCUUAUUGACAGACAAAAAGAUCAUCAGCUCCUGCAAGAGCGUAAGUAAACUGUCUCCAGAAUCACGACUCGACUGGGGUGAUGCAUUCCUAGGAUUCUGAUUUGCUUGAUUGAUAAUCAGACAGAUGAGUGUGCGCACGAAUGGGCAACUGUAGCUUAGAGACAAUUGGCACGUCUGUUUCCCUGAUAAGAUCAAAACACAGCGCUGUUUAUGCACUGGCAACCGGCACUCAGCAACCAAGCAGAACACUUGAAAUGAUAUUUUCACGGAGGGCUAGAAAUACAUAAUUUUCUUCUGUUAAGCGUUGUUAUUACUGUGAAAUCGUGGAAAAUCUGGCAGAAAACGUACCCCAUUCCCCAAGUUAGAUUUGAAAAAAAUGGGUACCAUUGAGAAGAAACUUACGAUGCGAGCUGUGUUCGGUUUGUUACUAUUCAUUUCAUAUCCAUUCUGUGGUCACACGGGAAUAUUGAAAGUUAGCCUUUCUUUUCUGCCACUUUGCAUAGUUUUUUGAGGAACUAACACGUAUCUCACUGACAGUUACUUUUCAAGCCGAUCAUUAAAAAGAUGAUUGCAUCCUGGGUGAUAUAGAACAGUUUUAAGCCUUUCAUGAGGAGAAAAGAAACAUCCCUACGUGUGUGACCUUUUUUUCACCUUGAGUCUGAAGUGCUUUAGUAUUCCGUUCUUAACGUUAAAAUUAGUUUUCAAGUACUGUGUGUUAAGGCAUCUUUUGUCGCCGGAUCUCCAACAGAGCUUAUAUAUUGUAGGUUUGGCAUCGAGGCAGGACGCUCUGAAGCUUUGUAAUAUUUGUUUUAAAUGACUUUUAACAAAAACUUUUUCACAAUAGUGAAGGAAAAAAAGACAUUUUGUCUCCCUUCUUACUCAAAGUACGAGUGAAAUUUCUCUCUUUUGGCCUAUUUUUUCUAUUGCUAUGAUUCCUUUCUUUUCAUGAACUAAUUUUUUGAAGGGUAAUUAACAUGAAAUACUCGACGAAGUCCCUCCAUAUCUCGUCCAAACCUCUCAAACGCAGCCUAUAUUGCCGUUCCUCUCUCUUUGCCUUUCAGGCUUUAGUCGGGAGCCCCGUCAGCCGCGCAUGUUUGAAAAGGCUGUCAACUCUGGUUCCUGGCCGUGA